AACACGGAGAUUCGUGGGAGCAAGCAAAAAUGGAGAAGAAGCGUGAAGGAGUAAUCGAAGGAAUGAGUCGGAUCGUAUCAGAUCCUUACUAUUUCCUCCAUUUCAUGGCCUUCUUCUCUUACCUUCCGAUUCGCAACUCCGCUGCACAGUUCACUUCUCAUCGACUCUUCGACAGAGAAGUCCAAGCAUUUCUAGCGUUUCUCAUGUUUUCCGCUAUUAAGAUGGUGAGAGAGGAAACAUGGGAGGCAUUCAUUGCAGAUAGCUUAUUCUAUGCUAAGAUCUUUCUCAUAGCGGUUUCGUUGAUUAUGGAUUAUCGAGUGGCGAUCUGGUUUAGUAUCGCAUUUUCAGUCAUAUAUCUUUUAGCUCAGCAACCAGCAUUUAGUAAAUUAGGAACUGCUAAGAAGCUAACACCUUUGCAAUUAGAGGAUUUGCUAUUAGAAGGAACCACAACAAAAUACUGGUUGAUAGAAUUCUACGCAUGUAGUUCAUCCAAGUGUGUUCGUUCAAGCCGCUGCUUUCCCGAGCUCUCCAUAACGUACUCAAAUAAUCUUUUGUCUUUCGGAACUAUUGAUCUUGGACUUUUCCCUAAUACUGCAGCAAAGUUUGGAAUAUCUCUCGCCGGUGGAAUGUCUCAGCUUCCAACAUACAUAUUGUUUGAAAAGGGUGUUGAAGUUUCUCGAUUCCCAGACUUUUAUGUCGACGCUGCACCGUCUUUACCUAUAACCAAGAAACUUUUGUGUCAACAUUUUGAGCUCGAUCGACUUCUGCUUGACUACAUCAACGGAUCAUAGCUAGAGAAAAUGAUGAUAUACGAUAUUUUGGUGGCUUCUCGUGCAAGAGCAGUAUGAACACAUCAACGCACCAUCAUCGGACUAGAAGAGGCAAACAUUUCCGUCUCUCACGUUCGUUUUUUCUAUCUUCGUAUAAUGGGCAUUUUUAGUGAGGCUCGCCUGAGGAAAGGAUAGAUAAUAUUUGUGUGCCAUAGAGAGAUAAGAAGAUUAUGGUAAAUGUAGUGGGGCUUGAAUUUCGAGAAAGAAUUCUUGAAUUUGAUGUUAAUGUAACCUCAGUUUAUGACUUUUAGUUCCUUUCGUUUUCCUGACUUUUAAUGGCAAGGCUUGCCGGAGGUCCU